AUGCACCCGCCAUGUCGCCUCAUCACCAGCACCACACAUUGUUCCUGUAAGUGGCUGACGGCGACAAGCAAGAAAAAAGAAAUACCAGGGCAAAAGAUCUAUUAUCAGCCAUGUAUCUGCAUCGUCACGCUGACAGACAUGGUCCCUCGCGGCGCAUCAAACUUGGCAGCACGGCAGCAAACAUGCCCACCCAUCCAGCGUCAUGAUCCUCCUCAACACCAAGACCCCUCUCUCCACCGUCUUCACAUCCCACCCCAUCCCGCGCCAGGGGUUCAACCAGGGAAGCAAACACACGCAACCCGGAACCCUACGAUACCCUGCAGACAGGACCACACACACACACAUGCCGGGCCGGACACACAAUCCUCUCUCACCAAAAACGCAUCAAUAGUCUGUCGCCCUAUGAGGUCAUCCCGCGACAGGGGUCUGUCUACCCUCCCCAAAAACCCUCCGAACCCCUCCCCGCCCAUUGCUAUUAUGUAG